AUGCAACGCCGCUUGCCAGCUGCGCUUCUCGUCGCCGUCGGGCGGGCGAUGACCGUCGGGAUCAAGCCGCAAGCCUCGCUCGUGCCACAGCUCUCAACCGCAUCCGUCCUCACCUUUGAGGAGGUGGCAGCGAUCCCGAGGCCUGGCGCUCAGGGGCUCAGCAUGGUGAAGUUCUCGCCAGACGACCGGUACGUGACCUACCUCGGCAGCGUCGAGGCCGCCAGCCUGACGCGCCAGCUCUACGUCUACGACCGGGAGACGGGCAGCACGUCGCUGGUGAUCGCUCCACGCGAGGGCUCUGGCGAGGAGAAGAGCUUCUCCAAGGAGGAGGCGCUGCGCCGCGAGCGGGCGAGGAUCAUGUCGACCGGCGUGACCGAGUACAGCUGGGCGAAGAACGCCUGCCGCCUCCUCGUGCCGAUGGACGGCGCUCUGUUUGUCCAGGCGCGCCUCGAGAGGAGGGACGGCGUCGCAGAGGGCUCCGCAGACAGCCUUCGUCGUCUCUUCGACCCAGACGCCUUUCCCGAGGUCGGGACCGGCCCGCUCCUCGACGCGAAGCUGUCCGACGACGGCGCGCGCUGCUUCUUCGUCUGGGGGGGCGAGGUCUGCGCCUGCGAGGUUGGCUCCGCCGCCGACGCGUGCGCGCCGCGCCGCCUCACGCUCGGCGCGCGCGGGGAGGAGGGGAGGUCGAAUGGGCUUGCCGACUACUGCGCGCAGGAGGAGAUGAGCCGGUACAGCGGCUACUGGCCCUCGCCGGGCGGCGGGGCGCUGGUUGCGUUUGAGGAGGUGGACGAGUCUCACAUCCCCCCCUUCGCAAUCAUGAACGCGGGCGUCGACUCGCCGCACGAGCAAAACGAGCAGCACCACUACCCCUUCGCGGGCGCAGCAAACCCAAAGGAGCCCGCCCGCCGGCCCGCCCGCCACGCGCCACGAGCCAGUGCCACGGCCGGCGGCGCGGCGGACGUGGGCGAGGAGGCGGCGCCGAGCGAGGCGCCGACGUGGUUCGACCUGUCCGGCCCGUUUGGGGCAGACAGCUACCUCGCCCGCGUGCAGUGGGAUUGCGGGGGAAGCUCGCUGCUCGUCGAGAGCCGGGACCAGCGCUCGCUGGCGCUCCUGCGGUGCGACGCAGCGACGGGGCGCGUAAGCACCGUCCUCACGGAGCAGUCUGACACUUGGGUCAACCUGCACGACAUGCUGGCGCCUCUGGGCGGCGAGCGGGCGGAGAUUGGCUGCCAGAGGUCAGCCGAGAUCGGUCGAGAUCGGUCGAGAUCGGUCGAGACUAGGCGGAGAGGAGCUGGUGUGGGCGUCGGAGCGCACGGGCUGGCGCCACCUGUACGUGCACUCUGCAGACGGCGCUUGCCUGCGCGCGCUGACGAGCGGCGAGUGGUGCUGUUUUCGGCCCGCGCCGCAGACGCCCGCGUGGCGUCGCUCGGCGCGGUCCUGCGGCCGCCGCGUUUCGUCUCCUUCCCCUCGAGCGACGGCGCCGUGACGCUGCAGGCGGCGGCGGCGGUCUACGAGCCGGACGAGUCGAUCUUUGGUCACGGACCGCACCCCACCGUCGUCUCCUGCUACGGCGGGCCGCACGUGCAGUACGUGCAGAACGGCUGGAGCCUCGCCACCGCCGACUUGCGCGCUCAGUUCCUGCGCGAGCAGGGCUUCCUCGUCCUCAAGCGCGGUCUUGCCUUCGAGGGGGCGAUCAAGGGCGACCUCGGGAGGCUCGAGGUGGACGACCAGGUCGCCGCCGUCGAGUGGGCCGUCGCACAGAGCCUCGCCGACCCCGCCCGCGUCGGCAUCAUGGGGUGGUCGUACGGCGGCUACCUCUCGGCCAUGUGCCUCGCGCGCGCGCCGUCCACCUUCCGCUGCGCCGUGGCUGGCGCACCCGUCACGAGUUGGGACGGCUACGACACGCACUACACGGAGCGGUACAUGGGUGGAACGCCUCAGUCCGCGCCGGAGGCGUACGAGCGGUCCUCGGUGAUGAGCCACGUCGACGGGGUCGAGGGCGCGCUGCUGCUCGUGCACGGACUGAUGGAUGAGAACGUGCACUUCCGGCACACGGCGCGGCUGACGCAGGCGAUGGUGGAGGCACAGAAGAGCUACGAGCUGCUGUGCUUCCCCAAGGAGCGGCACUCGCCGCGCAGCCUCAAGGACCGCGUGUAUAUGGAGCAGCGGGUCUUUUCGUUCCUCCAAAAGUGGCUGAAGUAAGCCCGCUGUGCACACUCAGGGAGCGAGCGUGUGGUACUAUGAUGUACUUAUUGAGUCUCACGUGU